GGUCAGGUCUGUGUGUAGUGACGUACUCACAUGGCAGUGUCUUGUACAGGGUGACUGUGGUGAUCAUGGCAGAAGAGAAGCAGACUGAUGAAGAUUAUGGCUACAAUCUGUUCCCACAGAGGGACAGGAGAAAUCCCAGGAAGGAGUCCAUAAUGUCCACGCUCUGCUUGUUAAAGUAUACCUGUAAGAACAGACUGAAGGUGGCUAUGCAGCAAAAUCCACAAGUUAAAAUACUUUUAGAUGCCAUGAAACAAGCUGGUUGUACAGCCUCCAUAGAUAGACACUUUGCCUGUGAAGACUGUGAUAACAACGUAGCAGGGGGCUUUGAUUCCGCUACCUCUGAGGUUGUAUUAUGUCAAAAUACCAUUGGCAGUCAAUCGCAAAUGAACAAAGUGGUUACACAUGAGCUGAUUCAUGCUUAUGAUCACUGUCGUGCCCAUGCGGAUUUCUUAAAUAAUAUUCAACACUUGGCUUGUUCUGAGAUUAGAGCUGCCAGUCUCAGUGGAGAUUGUUCCCUUACUAAUGAAAUGUUGAGGUUAAAGUUUGGGGUAAAGGAGCAUCACCAGGCAUGUGUUCGGGAACACGCUGUUCAGUCCAUUCUAGCUGGGAGAAAAAUCAGCCGAGAGACUGCAGAAAAAGCUGUGGAAGAAGUGUUUGAUACGUGUUUCAACGAUCGGGCACCAUUUGGUCGAAUUCCUUAUAAUAAAGCUAGUGCAAAUUUGUCAUACAGAGAGUAUAUGAACCGAGGACGUUAUUAUGCCAAUAUCUGACCAAAAUCGAGACUAGCUGAAUGUUUUAGUAUUGUUUAUACAAAUUAUUUCUAUUUGAGAUGUAAUACAUUUUUUUCCUCUAAAA